CAAUGGAGAAUCAGUCGGGUAUUUGUCUCUAGCGACACAUAGAGCUACAUUUCACGUAUGUUUUUGUUUUCCAGACUAUAAUAAAACUCCAGCAUGUCGGAAAGCGACGAUGACUUAGAGUUUCGUAUCAACACAAAAUUUGCCGAAAGCUACAAUAAAUGGAGGAGAAAAGAGGAACUACAGAAGUUGAAGGACAGAUAUGGGGAGGACAUAACUGACGAACUGUCCAGCUCCUCCGAGGAAGAAGAUGAAGAAGCAGAGGGUCUUACAGCCCAAAUUGAGAAGGAUUUCCUGAAGACGCUGUCCUAUGUGAAGAGCAGGGAUCCAAGGAUCUAUGACAAGGAUGCAAAGUUCUAUCAUGAUAAAGAAUCGUCGUAUGAGGAAAGCUCCAAUGAAGAUGCCCCACCUAAAAAGAAGAAAAAACAGGGCAAGAAAGCCAAGGAAGAAAAACCUGUCUUCCUCAAGGACUAUGAGCGGAAGAUCAUCACAGAGAAAGGAGGUCGCUAUAGCGAUGAGGAAGAAGAUGAUGAGGAGAAUGAAGAGCAGUUUGGAAGGGCAGCAUCACCUACUUAUGUCCAGGAGCAAGAAAUGAUCAAAGACAGUUUUCAAAAAGCCCUGCAGAGCACUGACGAAAGUGAUGACGAUACUCUCUUGAAAAAGAGACAGAAAACGGCCAAAGAAAAGAAAUCUGAGGAGGAGGAGUACAUCCAAUGGAUGAAGGGACAGAAGGAGACAGUGGAUGAUGAGAAGACAGCUCAAGAUACUGCUGAGAUGGAAGCUUUGAAAAGAUAUUGGACUGAUCCAAAUCUGGAGGAGGGGGAGAAAUUCUUGCGAGAUUUCAUUCUGAACAAAGGCUACAAAGCUAAAGAUGAGGAAAGAGAUGACCCAGCCACUGAGCUAGAAGAGGCAGAUUUCUCCGAGGAGGAACGACUUCUAGAUGCCCAGGAUGAAUUUGAGAGGAAAUACAACUUCCGCUUUGAGGAACCUGAUUCAGAAUUUAUCAAACGUUACCCACGGACAAUGGCUAGUUCAGUGCGUGCCAAGGACAACAAGAGAGCCCUCAAGAGGCAAGACCGGAAAGAGAGAAAGCAACAGGAGAAGAAACGAAAGCAGGAAGAUCUCAAACAGCUGAAGAACCUCAAGAAACAGGAAAUCCUGGACAAAUUGGAGAAGCUACGCCAAGUGACUGGCAAUGCCACUGUUGGCUUUGAGGAUAUUGACCUUGAAGGAGACUUUGACCCAGAAGAGCAUGAUAACGCCAUGAAAAAAGUUUUCAAUGAGCAGUAUGACUUGUUGCCUGAGGAAGACACAAAGCCAGAGUUUGAGCAUGAAGACUGGGAAGAAGAGAAUUGGGAUGCAUGGGAUGGACGAGACUACGAAAAAGAGGAAUAUUACCAAGAUGAUUACAAAGAGCCACACUGUGAUGAUCCAGAUUUUAUUAUGGAUGCCGACUAUGACCCAUCCCUCUCAAAGCAAGCUAACAAGGAACGGAAGAUUGCCUUGGAGCAAGAACUGAUUGGAUCAUCCAAGAAGAAGAAGAAAAAGAGAAUGUCUAAAUUUGCUGAGGUUGUGAACGCCAAGAAACCUGUCUUUAAUCCAAAUGAAAAAACAUACGAGGACUAUAUCGAAGAAUUCUACAAGCUAGACUAUGAGGAUAUGAUUGAUGACCUGCCUUGUCGCUUCAAGUAUCGCAAAGUCAUCCCCAAUGACUUCGGAUUGACAACUGAAGAGAUUCUCUCUGCUAAGGAGCGAGAGUUAAACCAGUGGGCUUCACUUAAGAAGACUUGCCAGUACAGGACGGAGGAAGAAGAAGAGAUGGACAGAAGGAUCUUUGCCAAAAAAGCCAAAAAUGUUGCCAAGAAGCAACGCAUCUUCCUCAGUCUCUUGGAGAAUCCGAGUGAUAGUGAACACAGUGGAGAUGAAGCAAAACCAAAGAAAUCAAAGGCCUCCAACUCUUCCAAUAAAUUACCCUCUUCCAAAACAGAAAAAUGGGGAAAGAAACCUCCCAAGGAUUCAACUACUCCUGCCUUACUUGAGACAAGUCAUUGGGGAAAGGUAAAAACAAACUCAUCUGCAGUCAAAAACAGUGGCAUAUCCAUUGGUAAUAACCAUGAAGGUACGCUCAAAUCAGAAACAAAUUCAAAUGGAAUUCAAGAUCCAAUAAACCAUGAAAAAUCUUCACUGACGAAGAACAAACUGAAAAAGAAAAAACAGGCACCAAAGGAAGCUGAACCGGAGCCAAUGGAAUCCAAGUCCAGAGGUACCACUGAGAAAAGGAACAAAGCAAACAGGGGAUUCAGCACUUCCAUAAAACACCAGCAAGUGGUUGUGAAAACAGGGGAAGGUAAACAAGAAGUUAAAAGAGAUGUGGAAGGAGAAGAGACAGAUGCUAAACAACUUCCAAAGAAGAAACAGAAAUGGAAGAGAAGCCACACUGAAGACAGUCCUAAAGGACCAGUCAUUGAUGUUUACACUCGUGAAAUGUCGGGCCUAUCAGAUUCAUCUACCAUUAAGAAAAGUAAUGCAUUGCAUGUGGAUCCCACUUCUGCUACCAAAACUGAUGAUGACACGAAUAGGACAGAGAAAAAGAAACGGAAGGGUAAAAUAGGAAAAGUUCAAAAUGAUUCUGACCAGAGAAAAAUAGAAUUAGUCCCACAUGAAUCAGAUGUGGAUGUUAAAAACCAAGUAAGUAUUAGUACUGGCUCAUCUUCCACAGCAGGCAGGACUACCUCCAAAAAGAAGAAAAAGAAAUUGGAAAGUAGUGAUCAGAAACUUGACUUGAAUCCAAAGCUAAACCAGAGCAGUAAAGCAACUCAAGGCAGUGACCCUAAAGGUCUUCACCCUGACCCAAUGAAGCUGUUGACAGGAACAUCUCCAGUUAAAAAGUUGGACUUUGCAUGUGUGAAGGUAAAAUUCAAACAGCAACGCCUGUCAACAGAAUCAGCUAGGAUCAAACAGGCAUCUAAGAAACUCCCCACGGCAGAAUGCAAAGAUUCCCCACAGAAAGUUCAGCCUGCAUCAGUGGCAUCCCCAUUGCCCAAGAAGAAACGGCGGACAAAAAGGAAAGUAAACAUUCACCGGCCUUCAGUAGUUAGCCCCACUAGCAGCAAAUCCAAGAGUAACAGGACACGUAACAAAAACCGCAACAGGAAACUUGCAAGGAAAGUGCAAGGAGCACAAGGUGCAACAAGACCGACUGUCUCAGAUGCCAGACUCAAGGCGUAUGGAAUCAAUCCUAAAAAGCAUGUAUUCAGGAUGAAAUACCUGAGAGAAUUGGAAGCAAAGAAACAUCGCAAACAGAACCAAGAUCCAUAGAGCACUUAGCUCAUCAAUUUAGUUUGCAUGGCAUGUUAGUUACCAACCAUGCUACAGUUAAUGGGAUUACCAACAGUAGUCUGUUUUUUGGCAAGAAAAUGAAUGGGCAAUCAUCAAAAGUUUAGAAGACAUUUAAGAACUUCUUGUUAAUUGGUGUUUUAAUAGGUAUGAUUGUUUCAUGGGGGGAUACGAGUAAGUACAGGUAUCAUUAGCGUCCAUAUCCUUAAACGAUCACACACAUAUUGGGUGUAUUUGGAAUCCUAUUCUUAUGAGACUCAUGAACAGUGUUCUUGGGUCAUUGAUUACCAACGCCGAAGUGCAAAAGAAGUGCAGCUGCGAUGAAGAUGGCAGUCGCCAUUUUGACACCAAAUAAAAAAAAUGGCAUGACAUUUGCCAUCUCACAUAAACUAAAAUCCCUAAAUAUUCAUAUUAAAUGGUCAGGGUAAAUUUGCUCCAAUAGCCAUGAGUAUUUGCCCAGGGUUUUAUUUUCCUUAUUGUGAGUGUUUUCUAUUUUAUGCAACAAAGCCAACAUUAGGUUACGGUAUGUGCCUAUAUCCGCCAUCUUUGUUCUUGAUGUUUUCAUCCACUCCCCACUCUCCGGGGAGUGAGAAUCUUGUUUGCGAACAAUGUUCGUGUAUUGAUUCUCCUUGUUCAUAUCCCCGUUCUCGUAUUCAUCUAACACAAGAACAGGGUUCCAAAUACGCUCAUUUACUCCCACUCAUGAAAACAAAUUCAAAAAAUAUAAAUUUCCAAUGAAUUGUUGAAACAAUUUUACUUCAUUUUUGAAACUCUUUCUAGCCAUGCCGUAGUACAUGUAUGUUCCUCUUACAAGCAAUCACAUUAAGUCUCUUGGUAUAGAGAUUGGUGCGCACGUGAUGCCUACUGCAUGAGGUGGUGCAUAGCCAAUAGGUGCUUUAUCAUGACCAGCUACAUGAAGGGGUCUUGACCAAGAGGAAUGGCUAAACUAUCUUACGUCUUUAUGAAUAGGUUAUAAUGCUGGAACUAAUAAUCUUGGAACAAAACCAAAUAUCUCAGUUUAAACAAGGAUCUUGUCAAAAGUGAAUUGUAGAUUUUUACUUUUGCCAGCAAAUGUUCUUUUGCAUGUAAAUCUUUUAAACUUGAGUGCUAAAUAAUGAACUUGACAUCUGAAGGUGUUCACAAGAUAAACAUUGCAUAACAUUUAGCCUGUAUGAAUUGCAGAUUCCAAUGAAAUGCAUACUUAAUUGAGAUUUGCCAGA